AUGAGCAAGCAAUCGACUAUCGGAGGUCAGCCCGGCGGCUGGUCAGUCUUUGGGCCUGCUAUAAAGAACAAAGCAGACAAAGUCAAAGAAAUCAUGGGCAAGCUGAGCGACUCCCUUGACAAGGUACGUAGAGGUCCAGUGAGUACUGCUACUGAAGCAGGUUUCACUCCCGAGAAUGUUGAGAAGGCCAAGGGAUGGCGCACUGAUGUAGACGCGAGCGAGGCCCAGCUGAAUGCUCAGAUACGCGAGCACGCCCGAUUGGACGAGACAUUGCGAGAUUUGAGAGAUCAGCUUCGUCAGUAUGACUCCACACUGACGGCUGUACGAGGGCUUGGUGAUGGGGAUGAUGAAACAUCCCAAGAGCUUGCUGCUGAGACUCUUGGAUGGCUUAUCCAAGAGCUUCCUCGAGUAAGAAUUUUCGUGGAGGCCAUGGGUCAUGAAAUGACCCCUGCAUUAGAGCAGGCCAUUUCGAGGCUCAAUGCUGGCGAUCAGAAUGAUCCUCUGACCGCUAGAAUGAGCCAGGUCGCAACUCAGGGGCCAAGUCGUGAUGAGCUCAUCGGACAGAUCGACAGGUUAGAGACUGAGUUGCGUUCCGCUCAGGACCAGGCCAAAGCGAAAAGCGUCGUCAUCACAUCCAUGGCUGAAAAAGAGCUAGAGAUGAAAGAUAAUCUCGAAUUUUUGAAGCGAAAUGAGGUUGCUCUCCGUAAGAAGACCGAAGAAGAGGUCGGAAUGGCACUUGAGUCGAAGCGGGAAGCUGAGUCAAGUGAAAGUCGGCAGAGGGCAGAGCUUCGUGAGGUAAAGCAGCAAAUUGAAGUGAUUGAAUCACAGCUGAAGGAAAGGGAUGACAUGCUACAGAGCCGGGAAAGCCAAAUCAAAGAGUUUGAGGAUGAGCGACGCCUCGAGAAGGAGCUUAAGGCUGUGAAUGACAAGCAUACGAGAGAAUUGGAGGCUCAAGUUCGGCAACUUGAGAUAACCGCCAAAACUUGCCAGUCAUCGCGAGAUAUACUCGCGUCUCAGCUCGAUACUCUCCGAAAGGAGCUCGAAGCCAAAGAAGCCAACAUUCGCCAUCUGAAUGCUCAGGUUACCGGCGACAGGGAGAAGCUUGUCAAACAAGAGGACCUGGUCAAGGGUCAACAGCUCUUAAUUGAAGAGCGAGACAGCGCACUUUCUGAUGCCGGAUAUUAUCGGAAGCUCGCUGACUCGAGAAAGGCUUCGUCAGAUGGCUGGAUGAACGGUUGCCAGGAACGCGACAGGGCAAUCCUCAGACUUGAUAACAAGGUUGCGGAUCUCGGGCAACAGUUGAAUGCGGCAAGGUCCGAAGCGGCAACAUCGCAAAGAGCAAGAGAUAAUGCGUUGGUUGAGCUUCGUGAUGCCAAAAACACGAUCCGAGAACAAGGCCAAUCUAUUGACAGUCUCCAGAAGUCUUCUAAUGCGUACUACAAUGAAGUGAAAGAGGUUGCAAAACUGAACUUCAAACUGAGGGAAGACAUCAACAAACGGGACUCGACUUUGUCGAGGCAGAGGGUUGAGUUGUCUUCUAAAGAUGAUAAAAUCCGAGAGCAAGAUAGGUCGAUCAAGCGACUGGCCGAACUGAACAAGGACUUGAAGAAUCGAUUGGACACUUCAGAGGUCAAGGUCGAUGAUCUGACCACUUCGAAUGAGAGGCUGAAAGGCCAAGUCAAGUCUUUGACGAAGCAGGCGACGCAAUCCAAGAACCGGGGUGACAAGUACAAGUCAGCUCUGAUUGUCGCGAAGCAGGCUGCGGAGAAUAUGGCUACAUCGGUGAUGACCCAGUGUCCUCCAGGUAUCAUGGAUCGCAUCGACUGGAGCUGUGAUUUAGUGAUGGCUCUACACACUCAGAAUCCAUGGAAGAUCCAAGAGACCUGGUCCAAAGAUCCAGUGUUAGCAGUGGGUGAGAGGACAGAGAGUCUUACUGUCUUACUACUUCACGUCGUGGCUUCAGUUGAAUCCAGAUCGCUCACCGAUAUGGUCAGCUGUUUAGCAGCGAUCCAAAUAAGGUUGGAUGAAGAAUCUAGAUGCAUCAUCCCAGUUUUGAGACAGUUUCUCGAUGCGGUUUCAGUCUGUAUUGAGCUUGAGGGGACCCAUGCCUUCCAGAUCUUCCUGCUCCUCCAGAUCGCUGAGAGGAUUGGGAGAGCAUGGCCUGUGGUAAAGGAUGCGGUCAAUGAAUUGACUCACCGCGGCGGGCGUCAUGAGCUGACCUCUUCCAUUUCUCGAUCUAUCGCAUCGUGGCAGGGGCGGCAGCGAUUGGGUUCCUUGGGCUGCGAAACGGCCCUUGAGCAUCAGGACUGGACCCUCGUUGGGUUCUUCAGGAACCCUAAUGGUAUCCUGUUGCUUGGGGACUCCGAGCUUCGAUGGGCUGAUCACGACUUUGUGGAGAUCAAUCACAAUGGCAUCACUGUCGACAUCACUGUCGGCGAAGGGGAAGAUGAGAUUGAGUUUGAAGUUGAAGGCCGGAACUGGAAUUGGUGGGUGGAGCAUAUUCUGUAG